UUCCGGCCUCGCCAUCUAGCCAUCUCUGCUCAUCUCGUUGCCCUUCGACCUACUCUGCAGCGAGUCACCUCUUUCCUUCUUCUGUCCAUAGCAUGGAAGAGCAAGAAUUCGUCAGUGCGGAGCGCGGUGCCGAAGCUAGUGCAGCCCAGGGAAGCGCCGGGAGUACCAAUGACGCUCAGGAGGAGCCAGUGUCAACACGCAUUGGGCAAGCGCGCGCCACUCAGGAUACAUCAGGACCUGCUCAGAUCACCCUGCCCGAAGUCGGCAUCGGGGACUCAACACAGCCAAGUGCGCAGAUUGACGGGGCUGUCGGCCAAGAGCGACCAUCAAAUGGCCCGCAAGAUAGUUUGAAGAGGGCAGCGGAAGCGAAUGAAGGACGGCAAGCUUCAGAUGGGAGCUCAGAGGAGGCUGCGAAGCGACCUCGGACAGAGGCCAAUUCUCUCCUGUCAGGUGUGACGGACGCGCAGAGAUAUUCUGCUGAUCGCCUUGCUACUCAGCUUGACAACCAGUCCAUGGCCUCAUUGGCGUUGCCAGGUGAACAAUCUGAAACCGAGGUCGACUUGCUAACGCCAGGGGCCGUAGCACUUCAGGACAAACCUCUCCCGAUCGUUGCUGAGCAGGAAGAGCGUACCAAAGCACAGAGCGACUCCGUGCUCCGAGGAAGCCAGGCUGCCUCUACCUGUAAGCAACAUGAGCACUUGGAACUGGAGACAUCAAGCCCGGCACGCCCCAAUACUACAGAAGCCGUCGCCGAGGAGAGCACGGCUUCUUCGAAUGCCAGUGCGGCUGGUCCGCAGAAUGUUGUGCAGGCACCGCGCUUGGCGGAUGACGAUGCCAAACAUGCGGAGAGCAUGCACGAGAUUGCGGCGAGCCAAGAAGAUCAUCACGAAGAGAGAAAGAUUACCGACGAGCAGCAAGGUCGUCCAACUGUGGUCGCCCCGAACUCUGCUUCCGACAGCCCGCCGUCGGCAAAUGUCAAAGCAGGAAAUCAGAGUGCGGAUUCUGCAGGCGAGAGUUCAUCUGGACUCAUCGAGGCCCCACCGCGCACUUCCUUGUCCCCUUCUUCGAAGACGGAGAUUCCAGCAGACGCAGCCGCACGUCUCGCAGCAUUUCGCAAAAAGUGGAUCGAGCCCCAAGACCCAGCUCCAUCAACCUCAGUCUCUACGUCGGAAGCGGGACUCGCGCGAAUGCUGGGCAUUCAAGCCCGCACUCCUCGACCUUUUGCCGGGCCGGCAGCUUCGUCUUCGUCAGGCUUGCCACAAAAACCACCUCUCGCCACUACAACAGCUACGCUGCCCAUGAAGCCGGGCGUGGUCAUCAGACCUCCGAAGCCUCAACAAUACCCCUUCAAUCCACCUAGCCGCCAGAGACCUGGUCAGCACCGAAGUGCCUCGACAGGCAGCAGCAUCAGCGGAGGAGGCAACGCUCAACCGCCGCCUGGUCCGCCUCCAAGACCUCCAGCGCGUGCUAGUGGGCCGCCAGGCCCUCCUCCGCCUCUCCCACCUGCGCGUCCCGUGAAGGCACCGGGACCACCGCCAACCCUAUCGCAAGGUCACGGUGCUGAGUACGUGCCGACAAGGUUCCCCACCGCCCUUCCGUCAGUACCUGCAAAUCCUGUUCGUCCGGUGACGAGACCGGAACCGCCCAAUUCAGCUUUGCGAGUACCGCAGUGGGAGACGGUGAGCACCUUAUCCAUGCUGCACCAGAAGGCAGGAAUGCAUGCAGCUCGUGCCGCGUUCUCGCCAGAGAAUGACUCACAAGGGCUUUCGGGAGCAUUGCACCAGGGAGAUAUGAACGACGCCAGGCAAGCAGUCAUGGACUCUCGCAGCUUGGCCGCGAAGGCGACUAUACGAUUGUGAGUCUUUUGGACAGUUGGAUCUGGACCGCCCAGGGCUGCCUGCUCGCUCUUGUACUGUUGAUGAACUUGGCUCCUCCUUCCAGAGAUCCCACAGUAAAGCAUUCUUCGUGCUCGGCUUGUCAAACGCCCUU